UGAGGUUAGGUUAGGAAAAAUUAGGGUUAGGUUACCGAAGCCAGAGGAGGCUCCUCUCCUCCUGGUUGAAGCACUUGACGCUAAUCCACAGGUGCAGAAAGCGCAGUGCAAAUAGUGCAAGAAACACGAGGGGGGGGGGGACGGACGUGUGACAUUAGCGCCAGAUGUUGGUUGCCAUGUCUGGUUUGUUACUGAAUUCACUUUAUUUACAUUCCGCCGUUGAGAGACGUGUGAAUUUUGAAGUUUCUCAAUGAGAGAGCCGUGGAGGGUCGAAGUGAUAAGAAAAAUCUAAUACGAUGGAAACGUUGAAAACGAGGCGAACGAGGAAGCUGCUGGAGCUGCUGCGGCAGCAGAUAAACAAGUUGCAUCCGCUGCUGACCGCCGCUUCCGUCGAUCCGUCGGAGGUCCUGGCUGUGAAAUCGAUGCUGCACGAGCAGCUGCAUUCUUUAACUCAGAGAUUCAACAAUUUGAGCGAAGAUAAUUGCGAUUACGAGGAGGCUGCAAGUGUGAAAUAUGCCGAUGCGGCGACAAAUUCGAAGUGUACUUCUCAGUUGAAGAAUGUCGACGAGCUCAUCAAGGAUAUUAAAUGCGACAGUAUCGACAGCAGUGCAGCCAGACGCAAGACAGAAUCACUGCUCGAUAAUUUCGCGUUGGUUUUGCGAGCGUUGGAAGAUUUAGAGUGCUUGCCGUUGAAGCAGAGACUACAGGACUGCUUGGACUAUGUUAAAGAAAUGAGCACAGCGAACGAGAUUGAGGAUCUCCAAAAUAUAAAGGAACUGGGCACCUCGAUACUAGAGAUACUCGAACCACUGCAGAAUUACAGAAAAAGUUUGACGUCUGCUUUCCUGUCGCAAAACUUGGCUUUAUACACCUCUCAACUGUGCACAUCGUUCGAGAUGCUAGUGCAAGUGGCUCAGGAGCAGCAUCAGUUAAACGCACCAAUUUAUGCUUGCAAGAAGUACGUUUGCGAAAGAAUAUGCAUUUGCUGUGAGAUGAUAUUGGACUUGCUGACGGGUUCCAACCCGUCGCCGAAAGAGGAAUCCUGCGAGAGGGAGAAUCAUUUUGUUUAUAGGAUGGAUCUGGCAUUAGACAUUAUAUUGGAAAUACCGAGCAAGACGCACGAGGAGCAAGUGUCGGAGUGCGCGGAACUGUGGUUGAGACUGGAGGACGUCUUCUCUCACGCUAUGGCAAUCACCCAGGUGUGUCAGCCGUAUAAUUUUAAGGCCAUAACCGGUUCGUGCCAGUCCAUAGUGCUGGAGUAUGAGAAGCUGAAACAGCAAUUGCUUUCGGAAACCCCAGAUUCGGCGUUGAAUAAUCUGUUCACGCACACCUUGACCGACGCGCUUUAUCGUUUGGAACGUAAAGUUAACAUCGCGGUGCUAACGCUCGCGAUGGAGGUGUUCAGCAAUCCUUACGCGGCUUUGAAGAAGCUCGUUAUGACAUGCGGCAAUUCGUUAAGCGCGAAAAGACGAUCGAAGAGUGAUCUAAACGAUCUCAUAGAAGACUUCGAUCAACUCUUCGAUCAAACUGUGCAAAUUGGAAUCUUUGCGAUCGCCUGUUGCAAGGACAAAAACCGCAAUAACAAAAUUCGCAAUUGUCUGGCGGGAUUCGAAUCCUUGGAAACUGAAUUAAUUUCCGCUAUCACCUCCUUCUACCUGCAUCCAGAUAAUAAGGAAAUGCGUUCGAGCGUCAAGCUGUUGACGAUGCAGUGGCAGCUAGAAAUGAAUAAAUUUCAGAAUGCCGUAAAUCUCAUUAUAAACUCGGCUGCCUUCUGUCAAGUAGUUAUGGAUAGUCUUCAGGAACGUAUAACGACAAUCUCGGAUUGCCUGGACAACAGAGAGCCAGUGACGCAGCUGCAAGUGCAGGGCAUCGUUCAACGUGCUUCGGCUUUGUCUAGUCAAGUCACAGCGAUCGUAAACGACAUUGGCACCGAAAACAUCGAUCGGCAAACGAUAAUGAUGACGAGAGAAUUGAAAGCGGCUAUAUUUGAAGCUAACGCAGCUGCCAAAACCCUUCUGGUGGAAAACGCAACGGAGCCUCAACAGUUGCGGGUGAUAAAACGGUGUGAAUUAAUAUUAAAUGUCGUUCAAAGAUUGCAGCCCGCCUUGUCUACAAUUAUAAACAAUACGACACAUGAGAAAUCUGUGAGAAUUCAAGGGGAUUCCAGUCACGGUAGCGUGUCGAGUGCCAUGAAUUUUCCAGCUACAAUUUACGGUUUGCCGCGCGACGAAAAUAGUUUAGUUUACAUUAGAACACCCUACACAGUAAAAACGCAUAAACCGCAGGUGUCCAUUCAACCGGCGAACAGUACAGUGCAGAAACCGUCGGAUCUGUCGUAUUUGAUACCUUACAUAAAGAAUGGCCGCGCAUUGCGCAGCGAGCAUUCCGUCAUGUACAACACACCGCGUAAGAGCAAGAACGUGACAGAGGCGUGUGUUAAAAACGAGAUGUCCCUUAGGAAUCUGUCUAGCAUCAGACAACAUCUUUUUAGCAGAGAUAGCUUCAGCGUUCACCUCGACUUUGACAUAGCUGAGGAGACCAUGGAUUUAACAGCUGCUUUAGAGAAGAUAACUUCGUCAUCCACGUCGGAGAAUGCAACGUUCUCGUCGUGCCAAUUCUCAAAGAUGGAAAACAUAUCCUCGGGAGGCGUGAACAAGGACGCGGUUUUCAACAUCGUCGAAAAACUAUGUCAAACUGUUAGACCGGAAACGGAAAGUUGUUUUAAUAAAUCCGCGAUAACGGAGAGGAUGAGCGAGUGCGCCAUAUCUGGCGGCGGUGAUGCGUCCUUGAUCAUGGAAUCGUGUCAAAAGCUCAAUAGCGUUCGAUCACCUCCGGACAAUAAGAUACAAAAGUCGAUCUCGGAGCAACACGAGGUAUAAAAGAAGACAAUACUUUCUUUCAAAAAAAAAAAAAAAAAACGUUUAAGAAACUAUUAACGCAAUUUCUAAUCGAUAUUAGCAUUUAAGAUAAUUAUAACAGUGUGUAAUUAUAAGCGAGAGUUACGAUAUCGAUUAUACGUAAUAAUUAUAUUAACAAGAUUGAAAUUUCAAUUGUAAAUGUUACAUUUUAUCGAAAUUUUUAUGUUGCGACAUAAAGGAAGUUGAAACAAAA